AAGAAAGGGGCCAAGAUGCAGGUAAAAUCAGUGUCUCCACCGACCUCAGAGCCUGAACUAUCGCCAGAACCGGACAGUCCACCACAGUCGGUUCCCCAGGCGGACCCGGGGCUGCAGGAGGAGAUAGAGCGACUGGAGGACGAGAACGAGGAUCUCAAGAAUGAGAUUGAGGAGAUGCGAGCAGAGAUGGACGAAAUGCGAGACACUUUCUAUGAAGAAGAUGCGUGCCAACUUCAGGACAUGCGGCGGGAGCUGGAGAGAGCAAACAAAAACUGCAGGAUCCUUCAGUACAGGCUGAAAAAGGCUGAGCGGAAGAGGCUGCGCUUUGCUGAAAGUGGCCAAGUGGACGGAGAGCUGCUGAGGAGCAUGGAGCAAGAUCUGAAAGUGGCGAAAGAUGUAUCUGUUCGCUUACACCAUGAGCUAGAGAAUGUGGAGGAGAAAAGGACUAAAACAGAAGAUGAGAAUGAGAAACUGAGGCAGCAGCUGAUCGAGGUGGAGGUCACUAAGCAGGCUUUACAGAAUGAACUGGAGAAAACUAAAGAGCUUUCACUGAAGCGGAAAGGAAGUAAAGAUGUUCAGAAAGUGGACAGGAAGACUCCUCAGACGCCCACAGAGGAGGAAAAUGACGACCUAAAAUGCCAGCUAGCUCUGAUCAAAGAGGAAGCCAUCUUGAUGAGAAAGAAGAUGGCAAAGAUUGACAAGGAGAAAGACAGACUGGAGCAGGAAUUGCAGAAAUAUCGCUCGUUCUAUGGAGAUGUGGACAGCCCCCUGCCUAAAGGGGAAGCAGGAGGCCCUCCAACCACCCGCGAGUCAGAGCUGAAGCUACGCCUGCGUUUGGUAGAGGAGGAGGCAAACAUCCUUGGCAGGAAAAUAGUGGAGCUGGAGGUGGAGAACAGAGGGCUGAAGGCAGAGCUCGAUGACAUGAGAGAAGACAGCUCUGGCACUGGGGGGCAGCAGUGCAGGGAGCAGGGGGAGGCACUGUCUGAACUCAGGCAGCAGUUGCAGCUGGUGGAGGAUGAGGCUGAACUUCUCCGCAGGAAUUUAGCUGAUGUAGAAGAAGAGAACAAAAAGGUGACAAGUGAACUGAACAAACUGAAAUAUAAAGCAGGCUCCCAUGAAGCUGGGUCAAGACAUGGAGGUGGGGCUGAUCCUGCCAAGAUGGAGGGUCUACAGGAGGAGUUGAAAGCAGCCCGUCUCCAGAUCAACGAGCUGAGCGGUAAAGUCAUGCAGCUCCAGUAUGAGAACCGCGUGCUCCUCUCUAACAUGCAGCGCUAUGACCUGGCGUCCCACCUGGGCAUUCGGGCCAGCCCUCGAGACAGUGAUGCAGACAGUGACGGUGGUCGUGACGAUGACACUCCAUCCUGUUCUGCCUCCUCGCCCCGUCUCCUCCCACCCCACCGUAAACGGGAGGGUCCCAUCGGAGGAGAGAGUGACUCAGAUGAAGUCAGGAAUAUACGCUGCCUCACACCCACACGCUCCUUAUACUCACCUGUGGACAGUCGUUUUUUAUCCCGUAGUCUGAAGGACCGGCAGCACAUGAUAGAUAUUCGAAUGGAGGCGGAGCGACUGGGGAGGACCAUAGACAGGCUCAUAGAUGACACUAGCACUAUCAUCGCAGAGGCACGAGUCUAUGUCACCAAUGGAGAGCUGUUUGGACGACUAGAUGAGGAUGACGAGGGGGGCAGAAUAAGAGAGCAUGAGUUGUUGUAUCGGAUCAACGCUCAAAUGAAGGCUUUCAGGAAAGAGCUACAGAGCUUUAUAGACCGCCUCGAUGUCCCCAAACAGGAAGCGCAACAAACUGAGGAGCCACUGUCUAUGUUUCAGCCUAUCAUUCUGCUGAUACUCAUCCUUGUUUUGUUUUCAUCAUUGUCCUAUGCCACUAUUUUUAAAUUGGUAUUCCUUUUCACUUUAUUCUUUGUUCUUUAA